GCACCCUUCCUGAAGAUGACGUCCCCGUUGGAUGCCGAGCGCCGCAAGAGUCGCGUGCCUGCGAGGGCGCUCGCGUACGUGCUGCACCAGAGCAAGAGCAACGUGGAGAAGCUCGAGUGGCUGGAGCAGUUGCUGGUUCAAGACCCUGUCUUCAACCAUGAGAAGAUGAACUACCUAACUCGCGGCGAGCAGUACAAGCGCGCCACGCAGAUGGCUGGUCGCGCGGAGAUCAUCGCCCACCGCAACAAGCUCAGUGAGGAGGACACAGCGCUAUUGCAUGUGGUCCUUCAGGGCUUUACGAGUUGUCCGUCCUCGACGGCACUGCACACCGGGAUGUUCUUCAAGAACCUGGGGCUGCUCUUCACGGACGAGCAACAGGCGCGGUGGAUGGACAUGGCCAAGCAGUGGCGCAUGAUCGGAUGCUACGCCCAGACCGAGCUCGGCCACGGAUCCAACGUGCGCGGACUCGAGACCACCGCCACGUACAUCCCCGCCACCGACGAGUUCGAGAUCCACUCGCCCACUCUGACGUCCAUGAAGUGGUGGCCGGGCGCGUUGGCUCGCACGGCCAACUUCGGAGUGGUGUACGCGCGACUGCUGCUCGGGGGCAAGGACUAUGGCGUGCACAACUUCAUGGUGCAGCUGCGUGACUUGGAGACGCACGACGCGAUGCCGGGCGUGACGCUGGGCGACAUUGGUCCGAAGAUCGGCUUCAACAAUGUGGACAACGGGUACUGCACAUUCGACCACGUGCGGAUUCCUCGUGAACAAAUGGGCAUGCGUGUUGCCACUGUUACUCGUGACGGCAAGUACGUCAAGAACUCGGGAGUUCCUCAGGAGGUGCUGUACUUCACCAUGCUGCAGACCCGCAUGUCGUACAUUCGGUCGAGUGGCCUUGCACUGGCGAAAGCCUGCACGAUCACUAUUCGCUACUCGGCUGUGCGCCAACAGGGGUACGACGCCAACAAACCCGACUCGAAGGAAGAGCUGAGUGUGCUGGACUACCAGACGCAGCAGUAUCGUUUGUUCCCGUUGCUUGCGGCGGCGUAUGCCAUCACUCUCACCGGCAACCAAGUGGAUGCCUUCUCACUGCAGCUCGCUGAUCAGAUCAAGCACGGUGACCUGAGCAUGUUGCUUGUGGGGCACGCGAUGAGCUGUGGACUCAAAGUGCUGACGUCUGAAAUGGCGUGCGGUGGCAUUGAGACUUGCCGUCGGGCAUGCGGCGGACACGGUUACCUGCUGUCUAGUGGCCUGCCUGUUCUCCUCGGCGAUAUCCUACAAAUGGUGACCGCAGAAGGCGAAAAUUUUGUCAUCUGUCAGCAGACUGCUCGCGCGCUGUUGAAAGUGCAUGGCCAAUUCCAAUCUAGCGGACGCCUCCCGGCAGCGAUGCAGUUUAUCGCAAACAUCGGAAAGCCGUCGCGUGCGCAGCCUCGGGGCAAGGACCAAUGGCUCGAGCUCGACACGUACAUCGACGUUUUCCAGCAGCGCUUCCUGUACUCGCUCCGUGGUCUUGUGACCAAGGUUGCAUCCGAGCCAUCCGUCGCCGCCGGUAUCCAGAACAACUCGAUGCACUGCUACAAGCUGUCGAACGCCUACACGUAUCUCGUCUUGGUGGACAACUUCGUGGAGGCCGUUCGCUCCUCCUCGACUCUGACCAAGGAACGCUUGUCGAACCCGGAAAUUGUGCCGGUGCUUCAGAUGCUUUGCAGGCUUUUCGCGCUCACGCAACUGGAAGCCACCGCCGGAGAGUUCAUGGAGGGCGGGUGCGUCUUCCCCAGCGAGAUGCCGAUUAUCCGGGCCAACAUCGAGGAGCUGCUCGCGCUCAUCCGCCCGCACGCCGUGACGCUGGUGGACGGCUUCAACUUCUCGGACCACACGCUGAACUCGACGCUGGGUCGCUACGACGGGAACGUGUACGAGGCUCUGUACGAGUCUGCGCAGCACGACCCGCUGAACCACUCGUCGGACAAGGUGGCGUUGCACGAGUUGCUGCGCCCGAUCCGCGACGAAAUUGCGCGAGAGUCUGGUGCCAAGUCGCGCCUGUGA